AUGAGUGUAUUAAACAUCACCCCGCACCAAAAGAAUAUUCUCGGAAGUCUAAUCGCAUCCGGCUUGUCGAAUCAGCAGAUAAUUUAUCAGUUCUACAUGAUCCGACAGAAUAUGUACCGCUUUCAACCGUACCAGCAAAUUGGCGGAGACACUCAGAAAUCUUCCGAAUUCCCGUCAUCUGAUAGCCAAGGACCCUCAAAUGAACCCUUGCACAUGUCAUAUGGAUCUCAAGGAUCUCAGAGAUCUUCAGAAUCGCCUCAAGGGUCUCAAAGAUGGGCGUCACCUGGAGCGCAUGUGGCAGAGUCUCAGGUGCCUCCGACCGGACAUCAAGGAUUUCAUGAUAGAGCAAAUUACUGGGGAUCCGGAGGAGCUCUGAGAGCUGGAACAUCUGGACCUCAAUAUACGGGAGCCACUGGAUCUCAAGGCCCCCUUGGACCCUCAAACGGACCGACCGGAGCCGUUGGAUCUCAACGGUACUAUGGGUACCCCUUUCCUUUCGGAUCGUAUCCAUAUAUGGCAUAUGGAGUAGCAGCUGGAGGUCAAGGAUGCCCUGGACCCCAAUCUACCGGACUCAACCCAGCAGGGUCUUCUGGAUUCCAGGGAUCUCAAAAUAUGUCAUCUGGGUCUCCUGGACUUCAGAAUUUCUCCGGACCCCCAGAUGCGCCUACUCAAACACCGGGAUCUUUUGGAUCUAAGUGGUCUUAUGGAUCUCAAAAUAUGUCAUCCGGGUCUCAGAAUUUCUCCGGAUCACCGUAUGCACCGAUUGGGACUCAGUUCCCUCCUGGAUCAACAUCGGGACCUCAGAGCUCAUCAGAAUUUCCAGAGCCAUCUGGAUCCUCUAACGGAGCCGCUGAAUCUCAACAAUCUCAACGCUACUAUGGGUUCCCCUUUCUAUAUGCGUCGUAUCCAUUCAUGGUAUAUGCACCUGUUGGAAGUCAAGGAUAUUUUGGACCACAAUCUUACGGGACCCCUCCUACGUCUUCUGGAUCCCACGGACCUACACGACCGCAGCGGAAAGCUCCAAAGACAACGGUAGUGGUCUAUAAAAGACGGCUAUACGACAAUAGAUAUGACCCAAGGGAGCUCGCGAAGUUGAUGGAUAUUGACUCAGCUACCCUUCGUCAACAAAUAAAGGAGUGGACGCAGGAGAGAGGAAUAACGCAGAAAAAGAUAGCUGAUGACCUAGGUGUCUGCUCCUCCACAAUAUCAAGGUACCUUGGCAACAAGGGUUACGUGAGCGCCAUUCUAGAGCAGUCGAUACUGGUGUGGUUCUUGCAGUAUCGUGACGCGUGGAAUCGUGUCAAGCAUGCGAGAGGACAGAUGUUGCGGAUCCCAUACAAUCGACCGACACCUCUCGCCAUUUGUGCAGCCAACCCAUAG